AUGGAUAGUUUUUUUAACAGAUUGAAAUCGUUGAUAUCACCAAAAAAGCCUUUGCCUGUGGUGAGAUUGGAACCAAAUACGAAUCUCAAUGUACCACCCCUUGCUGCUUGGGUAGGUCAAGGCAAUUAUUCUCGAGGAUGGCGACGGGCUAGUAUCAAACAACGCAUCGAUUGUUUCCAUUUUAGUAUAAAAUUAGCAAACAAAUAUAUUGAUGCUGUUGGCGAUGUUGAUUUAAUUGCUGGAGCCGAUACUUUAAAGAAACUUUUAUUGUUGCCAUUUGAUUCGAAACAGUCAUUAAGCCUUGUUCUUCAUAAAAUAGGGAAAACAGUUCUUAUUGAUAAUAGCGAACAUCUCCAUGUGAGUUUGGCAAAUUUGAUAAAUUUUUUAAAUUUUAUUGCCAAAUUUGUGGGAGAAGGAUUUCCUUCGAUUGCAAAUUUUUUAAGUUCUGAGUCUUUAAAAAGCAUUGGUGCUUCUUGCGCUGAAUUACGAACAGAUGAACUAAUCGCCAGCUUAGGCGAAGAUAUGAUUGUUGAGAAUUUAUAUUCAAGAAGCAUUUCUAUCCAGUCAACGGGAAAUGAUGAUUUAACCAAUAGAGAUUAUGAGACUUCGAAUGAUUCUCUCGAUGGAAAUGGAAAUGGCCAGCUUGAACUUAAUAUUGAUGAAAAUGGCCUUUCUGAUCCGCUUGAGCAUUACAAUUUUCCAAAUUUCCAAGACGAUUGUGGGAAGGUCGAAUUUGAUGCUUUCGGUCGCAUAUGGAAUUUUUAUGAUCUCAAUAUUUUGGUUGAUGUAAAUCUUCCAAUUUUUGGAUGCAAAUCCAAUCCUUGUGUAACUCUUCAUCCAAAGUAUGUUUCUGUUUGCUUCAUUAAUGGAAUUUUGGAAGAUAUGAAGCACCGACCGAUCAAUUUCUUAACAGGUGUCGAUCUAUAUUUGGAUCAAUCCAUGUGUAAUGCACCCGAAGCUUUACUUUGUUGGCAUAGGAGUGGAUAUGUUAAGGAAUAUGAAGUGAUCCGUACUGAAGAUAUUCCUCAUUUGGAAAAUUCUAAAUUCGAUCCAUCUGUAUUAAAAAACGUUGCUGAAAACAUUGUCUCCUUUUUGCAAGAAAAUGUUGCAAAAGAAGGGCAUACUUAUUGGUUGUUACAUGACAAAGGUGAUCGAGAAAAUGAAUCUAUGUUAAGGCUUUGGGAUUUGACCCCACUUUGCGGUGAUCUUUUAGAUGAUUCAACUGCUAAUCCGUUUACUCUCAGUGUUGGCAUGCUUAUUUAUAAGGUUGCACGAAAUUUGAUGCGUCGAUCUGCCCAUAAACGACCGAAAAGGAUAGCUAAUGCUGCUUACAGAUUAUUGAAUGUUUGUUUGGGAAUUAUCGACAGAAAUAAACAUCCACAAGUUAUCGCUUGUGUUCAUUAUUUGCUAGCCAAUCUUUAUCUUUCAUAUGGUCAUGAUGCAAUAAAAAGGAGUGAUGACGAUGAAGAAGAAAUAGAAAGAAACGAGCCUAUGUGGGCUUAUGAUGAUCAGUGGCAGCAAGAAUAUGGAGAAACUUACAAUAACUAUGCUGCGAUUUCGGUCGAGUCACUGAAAAAAAAACAAAUGGAAGAUAUUAGACAAAAAAAGCCACUGAAACUGCGACCACUUCCAAAUUGUUCAUCUACGGAGGAUUGCUGCAAACAAGCACUUGAGCACUGUUACGAAGGUCUUCAGUCAAUGAUUUUGUUUCACCAACUACAGAAACAGAACAGUGAUUUGAAACAUGUUAAUGUUUCGUUAUCUUUUAUGAAAGCUGAUAAUUCAUCGAUUGAUCACGGUCGUGAAGAGGCCGAUAUUGCUUUGGCUACUGACGUUCAGUCUAUACUUUUCAUUCGUGCUGCAACUUCAUAUCGUACUCUUGCCAAUAGUUCUUUUGUCCUGGGAAGAUAUGGUAGAACUUUGCGGUUUGCUAGAGUUGGAACGCUUUGUUGCCGUAUGUGGUUUUUUCCAACAUGGCUUUUAUUAAUUUUAGUUGCUGUAUUAUCAUUGAAUUCUGGCCAAAUAACUGAAAAUGCUCGUAGAAAUAUAGCCACUGCUCGUUCACUUCUACCUGCGAUGUUAUGUCACGCAGCUGAAGCUAUUGGAAAUAUCGCUUGUUCAUCUUUAAAUUCUAAAAUUGAAGCGGAGGUACUGUUAACUUUUUUCAAAGGUCGGUGCUUUUUUAAGAAGAUUUGGAAACAUAUGAAAUUUCCUAGAAGACAUUGUGUGGAUCUGAGAAGAUGUUAUCGGGAUGCACAGCUAGAAUCGAUGGCUCGCACUUGCUUGCGAUCAGUUCUUGUAGAUAUUGAAAAUGAAUAUGGAUGGAUGCUUCUACAAACGCUUAGUGGGCAAUCACAUGAACAAAUUGAAAUCGCACAACGUGCAGCAAACGUUGCAAUAACUCUUGUGAAAAAGAUUGCGCCAUUGUCUUUAUUUCCUCCCACUGCUUCAGCAAUCAUUUUUGAAAAUGAAUUAUUGCGAAGGAUUGGAAAUUUGAAAAAUUGCCUAGGUAUUCAGUAUACCGAGCGAUUGAAGACUUUCGUAAAUAGAACUACAAAACUUUCUGUAUCACACGAAAAAGAAACUUUAUCGCAGAUAUUUGCUGUUGAUUUGGAUCUUUUUGGUCUUGAUAAUUCAAUGCCGCCAGAAGUGCUUAUAUCGCAAGUUGUAAAUUCCGGCAAACAAUUAUUGGAAGAGGGCGUUGGUUAUUUUCGUUUAUCUGGAGAUCAAAUCAAUGAAUCCCUUUUGUUAUCAAAUAUCGGACAGCUUCAUCUUCUUCAAUUUCAUGCAAUUGUUAAUUCAACUCAUUUCAGUCAGGAAUAUAAUUCCGAUUUGGAGAAGCAAGCAGCCAUAUUGGCGAUCGAAUAUUAUCAAUCAGCUUUGACGUGCGCUUCUAAUCUGAAACAAAUAGCAUUUCCAAUUUUCGAGAGUAUUUCGAAAGAUCUCGCUUCACUUUAUUUUUCCUAUGCAUCUCGAUUACAGGAUGUUCAGGCAAAAAAUAAAUCAGAUGUUGCUAUGGAAGUACGGGAGUAUUUGACUCGUGCAUUGUAUGCUUAUACUCUUGUUCGUGAUUCACCAAAGUCAUCGGCAAAAGCGCGCAAUAAUGCCUCCAGAUAUAUCAUUGAAAUCAAUUAUCGUCUUGGUUCUCUACUGCAUCAUUCUUCGGUGUGCUUUGUUUAUAUUUUAGAAAAAUUUCAACUUUUUUAA